AUGGGAGAGUCUCAGGAACAGAGUGUUCCAUGGGGAUACAGAUGGAGGUCCUCUGGCCGAUUCAUUCUCAUUGCCACCGCGACCUCAGUAUUGACCGACAUGUAUCGCCACCAAUUCGUGGUCUCGAUAUUGCCAUCCAUUCUAGAAGACCGACUUGACCUAGAACCGGAGAUUCUGCAGCGCGUGAGUGUCGCGUUGCUAGCUCAGACGGCGCUGAUUUCGUUCCUGGUGACGCCGUUGAUCGGUCGUUUGGCGAAUUGCCUUGGGGCAAGGACUUGGCUCCAACUCGGUCUUCUGGGGCAAUUACUUGGUUCUUUGGUUGUUGCGUCUUCGCACUCAGUGAUCGGCUUAUUCGGUGGGCGGGCCGUCCAGGCACUGGCAAAUACGAUAGUGGGUGUUCAAGGCGUCAAGACCCUGUCGAGUGUCGGCUCGUCGAAUCGACAUGAGAAAACUCAACGGUAUCUGAGUCUUGCCGUUGCAGCUGGCUCAUCCGGAGGUCCUUUAGUAGCCGGGACCUUGUUUGAGAUUUCUGAUUACUGGGUUGCCUGGAAGACUGCCUCUGCGGCAAGUUCUCUCGGCAUUAUUCUGCAGAGUCUGAUGCUGGUCCCGUCAGAAGACUUGCCCCGUGAGCCCGAGGUAAGUGACGUACCACGGUACCCCGAAGAAGGACCAGAUGAAAGAAGUUCUCUGCUGUCGUCAUCCUUCGAGUCCACGAAGACGAUCAAAACUCACCUACCGGCGGAUGUAGAAUCUGUGAAACGGGACCUCAAUCUCUAUCUCCACCUGCUCACUAGCCGUCGUUAUAUGGGUGGCAUCAUGAUCUCAGUUUGCUUUACCAUUGUUUCAGUCAGCUUCGAUACAACCAUGCCAUUGCACGUAGGUGAAGCCUUUGGAUGGGGCAGUCAGCUGACUGGUAUUCUGUUUGCUGUCUUGCACGGACCGCAUGUCUUUCUUAGUGUUCCCACGCACUGGCUGAAGAACCGAGUCGGAUCACAUCACACGGCAUCCGUGGGGUUUCUGGGGUUGGGUGUACUUUUGUGGCUGGCUGGAACUCCUGGAAGUGAACAGGGUUCAUGGGCAGCUUCGGGCGAUCGACCAGCGGUGAUUUAUGCAAGCGCCGUUGCUGCCGCCGGAGUGUUCAUGUCAUUGUUGCAGGGAGCUGGAUUAACGGAGACUGCUUGUAAGAGUCACCCGCGAUGUGACAAAAGUCGGGGUGCUGUCCAGGAGCUCGAAACUCAGCAAACUAGGGCUUUCGACCAAGAGGCCGUCGCCCACGCCAUGGUGAUCAGCAGUCUCAGCGUCAAACUGGGACUUUUCCUGGGACCUAUCAUUUCUGGCCGGCUUGUUGAAAACGGGGGGUAUUAUGAGAUGAGUUGCGUUCUUGGUGAGUUUGAGAGCUCGCGCGGCUGUCAACACCCUGACCUUCAAACAGCACUGAAACGAUUUUGGAUGUGGCUUGACUGA